AUGGCAGACGUGAAAUCAGGCGAAGAAGAACGCGAAUCUACUGUAAAACGUAGGCCUGAUCCCCCAGAAUCCGUCGACGAAACCCUAGACAAAGAAGAACAUGAAGCUGAUUCCACCAAGAAGCAAAAACUCGAAACCCUCUCACACAAUGACGCCUUUUCAUGUGCUGGGGAUGAAAAAAAUGCCGAGUUAAAGCAAUCUUCCUAUCCUGAAGAUGAAGAAGAGGAUGAUGACGAAGAAGAUUACGAAGGCGAAGAAGACGAUGAUGAUGAACUGUCGGAUGGUGAGGAAGCAAUUGUUAAUAGUAAGGGGAAGGGGAUUGCGAGUGAUGAUAAAGGGAAAGGGAAAGGGAAAUUGAUUGAGGAAUCCGACCACGAUGAUGAUGAUUCCAGUGUUGACUACGAGAGUGAAUUGUCUGGUGUUGAUAGUGAUCUGUCGGAUGAUCCGCUUGCCGAGGUCGAUUUGGAUAACAUUCUGCCUUCCAGGACACGACGGCGUGCUGCUCAACCUGGACUCCAUAUUUCCAAUGAUCGCAACCAGGGUAGUGAUGCUUAA